AUUGCCACUGGUGGGAGGGCAGGGCACAGCCCCUCCGUGUCCCUUUUUUCUCUCCUGUCUGAAGGCCAGAGCAGGCUGCUAGGCCUGGGGCCACCACUGCCCCUGGGUGUACACCCAGUGUGCUGGGUCACUGGGAACUUCCUGAAGUGGUGUCACCUGAACUGGGCCCCCAAGGAUGGGGUGCGGGCAGUACCGCAGGAAGAGGAGCAGCCCCUGUGAAGAUUGAGAGCUGCCAGAGGCUCUGUGAUUGGCUGCGGGACGAUGACCCGCGCACGGAUUGGCUGCUUCGGGCCGGGGGGCCGGGCCCGGGGGACAGAAUCCGCCCCCGAACCUUCAAAGAGGGUACCCCCCGGCAGGAGCUGGCAGACCUAGGAGGUGCGACAGACCCGCGGGGCAAACGGACUGGGGCCAAGAGCCAGGAGCGCGGGCGCAAAGGCACCAGGGCCCGCCCAGGGCGCCGCGCAGCACGGCCUUGGGGGUUCUGCGGGCCUUCGGGUGCGCGUCUCGCCUCUAGCCAUGGGGUCCGCAGCGUUGGAGAUCCUGGGCCUGGUGCUGUGCCUGGUGGGCUGGGGGGGUCUGAUCCUGGCGUGCGGGCUGCCCAUGUGGCAGGUGACCGCCUUCCUGGACCACAACAUCGUGACGGCGCAGACCACCUGGAAGGGGCUGUGGAUGUCGUGCGUGGUGCAGAGCACGGGGCACAUGCAGUGCAAAGUGUACGACUCGGUGCUGGCUCUGAGCACCGAGGUGCAGGCGGCGCGGGCGCUCACCGUGAGCGCCGUGCUGCUGGCGUUCGUUGCGCUCUUCGUGACCCUGGCGGGCGCGCAGUGCACCACCUGCGUGGCCCCGGGCCCGGCCAAGGCGCGUGUGGCCCUCACGGGAGGCGUGCUCUACCUGUUUUGCGGGCUGCUGGCGCUCGUGCCACUCUGCUGGUUCGCCAACAUUGUCGUCCGCGAGUUCUACGACCCGUCUGUGCCCGUGUCGCAGAAGUACGAGCUGGGCGCAGCGCUGUACAUCGGCUGGGCGGCCACCGCGCUGCUCAUGGUAGGCGGCUGCCUCUUGUGCUGCGGCGCCUGGGUCUGCACCGGCCGUCCCGACCUCAGCUUCCCCGUGAAGUACUCAGCGCCGCGGCGGCCCACGGCCACCGGCGACUACGACAAGAAGAACUACGUCUGAGGGCGCUGGGCACGGCCGGGCCCCUCCUGCCAGCCACGCCUGCGAGGCGUUGGAUAAGCCUGGGGAGCCCCGCAUGGACCGCGGCUUCCGCCGGGUAGCGCGGCGCGCAGGCUCCUCGGAACGUCCGGCUCUGCGCCCCGACGCGGCUCCUGGAUCGGCUCCUGCCUGCCCCCGCAGCUGGCCUUCUCCUGCCACUAGCCCGGCCCUGCCCUUAACAGACGGACUGAACAGUUUCCUUUUCUGUGCGCGGCGCUGUUUCCAUAGGCAGAGCGGGUGUCAGACUGAGGAUUUCGCUUCCCCUCCAAGACGCUGGGGGUCUUGGCUGCUGCCUUACUUCCCAGAGGCUCCUGCUGACUUCGGAGGGGCGGAUGCAGAGCCCAGGGCCCCCACCGGAGAGAUGUGUACAGCUGGUCUUUACUCCAUCGGCAGGGCCCGAGCCCAGGGACCAGUGACUUGGCCUGGACCUCCCGGUCUCACUCCAGCAUCUCCCCAGGCAAGGCUUGUGGGCACUGGAGCUUGAGAGAGGGCGGGAGUGGGAAGGCUAAGAAUCUGCUUAGUAAAUUGUUUGAACUCUC